AUGGAAACCCGGCCAUAUGGAGAGUCUGUCUGGGCACAACCCGGACAGGAAGAUCAUAGGCCAGCCAAGAUUGCGGCCACAGCAAGUUCCCUCAGUGCCUGGCGGCAGACCCCGCCGCACUUUGACCAGACAAAGCAUCCAGCUGCCAAUGCGAGCAUGUUGCUUAAUGACACUGGCCUCAACUUUCCACAAAUGGAUCUUUCCACGAGUCUGCUAGGCGGAAAUUAUUAUGGAUCGCCGUUUAUGUACGACAAUCAUAACGCGCAUCUCUUACGACAUGGCUGUAUUCCAGGCAUGGAGCAACAUCACGGGCAUACGGAGAUGACAAAGACUGAUUCGCCGAAUUUCACCUGUACACAGCUACCAGUCCAUUGGAGAAAGAACAAAUCCCUUCCAGCUCCCUUCAAGAUCGUCGCUCUGGAUCCAAUCACAGUCCCGGACGGAACCCAAGUCACGAUUUACGCGGGAAACGAUGAAGAAUACUCCGCCGAGUUGAGAAACAACACCACUACCUUCAAGAACAAUGUUGCUAGAUUCAACGAUUUGAGAUUCAUCGGAAGAUCUGGCAGAGGCAAAACCUUCAAUUUAACACUGAUGAUCGCCACCAAUCCUCCACAAAUUGCUGUUUAUCAUCGCGCCAUUAAAAUUACUGUUGAUGGACCUCGUGAGCCACGAUCAGAAUACAGAAAACAUCGACAAAAACAGUUGGAGGAACAAGGAAGAGGAAUUUCCUUCGGAGCUACACUUGGUGAGAUGGAAAGGCUCAGAACAGCAGUGGCGGGCGGAUAUGCGGACUCGAUGUUCAGUUCCUUUGGGACAUCCGAUUUCCGCAGCGCCGCAGCUGGCUGGCCUUACUCGACUCAGAGCCCACUGAGAACAUUCAGCCAGCACUACGGCUCAACGAUUUCCCCGACUGCCGGUGGAAACCAAACUUCCACAACGCCGAAGUCCGAUAAAGCCAGCUCGCACGACAACACCUCACCUUUUCCAAGAGUUCCUGAUAUGAGCUAUCCCUACUCAACAGCGAUGAAUCCAGCGGUAUCAUCUUCGGCCGGCUACGGGGGAUUUGAUUCUUCGCAACUGAUGACAAAUUAUCUCGCCUCAACCCAACUUGCGGCGGGAGGCCUUGGUGUCAACUACCUAGGUUCUGCCUACAGUAACUCAAUGGGCUCAACAGUUCCGUCCGUUCCGACUGUUACCUCCUCUCCAGCUGCACCAGCGUUGCCCAGCCUGCCAACGGUGACGAGCCCGGGCGCUGCAACUCCAGGCUCGUCUAUCGCUGCUGCUGCAGCUUUGCCACAUCUCCCCUCGGUACAGACGCCUUCCCUCAUCCCUCCAGUAGCCUCGUCUGCAGCAAACGCAGCAGUGAGUGCGCUCUCCUGGGCGACCGAGAAUUGA